AUACAAUGGAAGAGAAUGGAAAAAGCAGACAGGAACCACAAUCAACCUAGGCAGCAGGGCAGUUUGCAAAACCGGAGAGCCGGCCUUGAAGCCGAAAUCAGUGUUCCACCGGGAAUGUUUCUAGUCCUCUUGAAGGUCGCGAUCCGCGACCACUUGGGCAGAAGUCAGGAUUGCAGCGAAGCCAGAACUGUUUUUCUCCAAGAGGCCAAGCGAGGGCCCAUGGCGUCGGCUUUGCCCCCCAACUUUUCCUGGGUCGUCCCAGGCCUGCUGGCUGGCCUAGGCAUGCCGCGGCUGCCCGCUCACUACCAGUACAUGCACGAACACGGCAUCCGGCACCUGGUGUCGCUCACCGAGCGGAGCCCGCCUUACCACGACACGUGUCCCGGCAUCCGUGUGCACCGCCUGCGCAUUGCUGACUUCUGCUCCCCCUCGGUCGAACAGAUCCAGCGGUUCCUACAGAUUGUGGACGACGCCAACGCCAAGGGGGAGGGUGUGGCCAUUCACUGUCUGCUGGGCUACGGAAGGACCGGAACCAUGCUGGCCUGUUAUCUUUCCAAAAGCCACAAAAUCACCGGGGUGGACGCCAUCCAGGAGAUCCGUCGGCUGCGGCCAGGAUCCAUCGAGACGUACGACCAGGAGAAAGCGGUCGUCCAGUUCUACCAGCGUACCAAGUAGCUCCAGGAAGGGAUGACGUGCCAUUGGGAAGAACGCGACAAGCGUGUCCCUUUCAGCUCCCUCCUGGGAGAAACAGGUUGGCCUUAGAGAGGGGAUCACCGCAGGAUCCAGCUCCAGCCGGGAUCCCAGACACCCACACGUGCAAGUUCCCUUUGCCGUAUCCGUUGGCUCCCUCCGAGUCAGUUGCAAGGAGGUUUACCUUAUGGGGAGAAGCGCCCCGGGCCAUUUUGCAAACCGCAGUCCCGGGCCAUUUUGCAAACUGCCUUCUUGAACCUGACAAGUCCUGUCCUUUGGUGCAAGGGACGAAAAAAGAAGGGGAAACAUCGGUGGGGAAAGACUCCAAGGCCGAUCCCGAGAAAAUCCUGGAUUUCAAGGUUUGGAAUCUCUUGGGGGCGGUGGGCGGGGAGUGUCUGGUUAAGGAUAGCCUUGAUGGUGAGAGUGCGUCAUAAUAAAAAUACUCUGCCUGCCAGGUUA